AUGGAGGGCUCCCCGGCAGCGCGUGCUAAGGGUGAGCGCUUCCACACGGUCACGCCUCUGCUGGAGAGCUGGGCACUGUCCCAGGUGGCGGGCACGACUGUCCUCCUCAAGUGUGAGAAUGUGCAGCCGACCGGCUCCUUCAAGAUCCGGGGCAUCGGGCAUUUCUGCCAGGAGGUGGCCAAGAAGGGAUGCAGACACCUGGUGUGUGCCUCAGCAUUCUUCCCAUCAUUCAGGACUCAUGGAAGGGGCAAUGCAGGCAUGGCUGCUGCUUACUCAGCUCGGAAGCUGGGCAUUCCCGUCACCAUCGUGCUCCCGGAGGGCACCUCCCUGCAGGUGGUGAGGAGGCUGCAGGGGCAGGGGGCUGAGGUCCAGCUGACUGGAAAGGUCUGGGAUGAGGCCAAUCUGAGAGCACAAGAGUUGGCUAAAAGGGAUGGCUGGGAGAACGUCUCCCCGUUCAACCACCCUCUGAUAUGGGAAGGCCAUGCCAGCCUCGUGCAGGAGCUGAAGGCAGAGCUGGGGACCCCGCCAGGGGCCGUGGUGCUGUCGGUGGGGGGCGGGGGGCUCCUGGCUGGGGUGUCGGCUGGCCUGGCGGAGGUGGGCUGGCAGCACGUGCCCAUCAUCGCCAUGGAGACCCGAGGGGCUCACUGUUUCAAUGCGGCCGUCCAGGCGGGCAGGCUGGUCACACUGCCGGACAUCACCAGCGUGGCCAGGUCCCUGGGUGCCAAGACGGUGGUUGCGCGGGCCCUGGAGUGCACGAAGGAGUUUGAAAUCUUCUCUGAGGUGGUGGAGGACACGGAGGCUGUGAGUGCCGUGCAGAGGUUCCUGGAUGACGAGCGUAUGCUGGUGGAGCCUGCCUGCGGGGCAUCCUUGGCUGCCAUCUACUCAGGCCUCCUGCAGAGGCUCCAGGCUGAGGGCCGCCUGCGCCCCUCCCUGGCCCCGGUUGUGGUCAUCGUGUGCGGAGGCAACAGCAUUGACAGCCGACAGCUGCAGGCUCUGAGAGCUCAGCUGGGCCAGAGCUGA